AUGCCCGCUCCUAUCGACGCCGCUUCUGCUCCUCCUUCGCCUCCCCUCCCGACGCCUAGCCUCCCUCCCGACGCAUCGGUCGAGGACUACGAGAAAGCCAUCGAGAUCGAGCGCCAGAAGUGCGACAAGAUCAUGGAAGCCAAGGCUCAGAUGAUGGCCAAGUACGACCGGGCGCAGGAAGCCUGCGACCAAGCUCAGCUGGCGCUCGAGCAGCACGCCGCCAGCAAGCAAGAGGAACAGAAGCAGGACCAACAGAGCCAGCAGGACCAGCAGGAACAGCAAGCGCAGACCGACACCCCCGCCGACUCCAGCAACUCCUCCUCCACCACCACCACCCCUUCUAAGCCUACUGCUACUACUAGUACUACUGGUACUAUCACCACCACUCACAAACGCUCUCGGUCCAAUCUGAACCCCGAGGCGCCCGAGUUCACCCCUGGCUACUUCUGGUCGUCCCAUUAG